ACCCCCAUGAAGGCAAAUGCAUUCAGAUUUCAAACAAACACCAAUCCAUAUAUAUCCAUUUUCUCUGGAAGCAAACUAGACAGAAGCGAUGGCGGACUAUAGCAGCGUUGCCAAAAGAUGGAGGCUUCUCAACGGGGAAGACAACUGGAGCGGCCUAUUGGACGAGAUGGACAUCGAACUCCGGCAAUACAUAAUUCACUACGGGCAGAUGGCGCAAGCAACUUACGACAAUUUCAUCUCCAUGAAAGAGUCGAGAUUUGCAGGGCGCAACCGGUUUGCGAAGAAGAACCUCUUUGCUAGGGUUGGCCUAGAGCACGGCAAUCCGUUCAGGUACACUGCUACCAAAUAUUUCUAUACGACGGCGUCAACUGCCGUUGCGGGAGCAUUCAAAUUUUUGUCGCGAGAAGGGGAGAGUAAGGAGUCAAAUUGGAUGGGGUAUGUGGCGGUGGCUACAGACGAAGGGAAGGCUGCUUUGGGGAGGAGGGAUAUUGUGAUUGCUUGGAGAGGAACCAUCCAGGCUCUGGAAUGGGUUAAUGAUAUUGAAUUUAUUCAAGUGUCGGGUGAGGACAUACUUGGAGAGGAGCACGAUCCUAAGGUGCAUCGAGGAUGGCACUCUAUCUACACUUCAAGCGAUCCAGAUUCAAUCAUUAAGACUAGUGCCAGAGAUCAAGUUCUUAGUGAAGUUAGAAGACUAGUGGAAGAAUACAAGGACGAAGAGAUAAGCAUAACCGUAGUCGGCCACAGCUUGGGAGCAGCAGUCGCAACUCUGAACGCUGUCGACAUAGCUGCCAACGGAUUGAACAAGGGCUGUCCAGUGACAGCCUUCGUGUUUGCAAGUCCUCGAGUUGGUGAUUCAGGCUUCAAAGAGUUGGUCUCUGGGUUGAAGGAUCUUCGAAUUCUUCGUAUCCAUAAUGCCCUAGAUAUCGUUCCCAAGUAUCCAUUGAUAGCUUACUCAGAGGUGGGGGAAGAACUGAUGAUUGAUACUUGCAGGUCCCAAUACUUGAAGAGUCCUGGAAAUCUACAGACUUGGCAUAACUUGGAGGCUUACUUGCAUGGCGUCGCAGGGACACAAGGAUCAAAAGGAGGGUUCAAGUUGGAGAUUGAUCGCGAUAUUGCAUUGGUUAACAAAUCAAUGGAUGCUUUGAAAGAAGAGUAUCUUGUGCCUGGUUCAUGGUGGUGUGUGAUGAACAACGGUAUGGUUCAGCAGAGGGAUGGCACUUGGAAGUUGUUGGACCAUGAGCCGGAGGAGGACUUCUGAAUGUUUUCGUAUGGUUAAAAAAAGUUUAAAACUCUAUCAAUGAUUUGCUGUACUUUAAUUAAAUUCGUGUUCCCCUGAAGAUUUGUUUGAUUCAUCCAAUAAGUUAGCAGUGAAUUUGUGAAAUCUGUAUUUUUCGUUAAUUCAAUUGAUUAUUAUUGUAAAGUGUCCCAUUCAACGUGGCUCUUGGAAUCAUUAAGUACUCCGAUAUAAUUGUUAUUCUC